CUGCUUAUCGUUGCGAACUGUCAGUAGUUUAUUCGACCUCAGUCACGAUGGAGUUGUAUUUUUUACCAUCAUCCAGUUUUUACAUACUUUUAAUUACUCUGAUCGUUAUAAUAGCGAUCAGAGUGAUAUCGGUAUUUUACUUUCAAUAUACGUAUUGGAAGAAGAAAGGUGUACCAACGGCAUUAAAUUAUCCUUUAUUCGGUAUCAAUUGGAAAAUGUUGUUCGGUAAAACUUCCUUUGUAGAUUAUUGUAAGAUAAUGUAUACAGAAGUGCCAGGGGCUAAAUACGUUGGCAGUAUGGAUUUUAUAUCACCCCUAUUGGUAGUACGUGAUCCAGAAUUAUUGAAGGAUAUCACGGUGAAACAAUUCGAUCAUUUUCCUGAUCAUCGUGCAUUCGUUGACGAAACGAUCGAUCCGGUUUUCGGUAAAAACGUAUUCUCGUUACGUGGCGAACGUUGGAAGGAAAUGAGAAAUACUUUAAGUCCGUCAUUUACUGCGAGCAAAAUGAGAUUUAUGCUCGAGCUCGUGUCCAAGUGUUCAAACGAAUUCGUUAAUUAUUUCGUGGAACAUCCGGAAGCUGCUAAAGAAGUCGAGAUGAAGGAUGCUUUUACCAGAUAUACAAAUGAUGUUAUCGCUACCGUAGCAUUUGGGAUUUCUGUUAAUUCAAUGAAGGACAGGAACAAUAUUUUUUUUCUAAAGGGCGCAGAAUCAACCAAAUUUGAUGGGUUUUUGAAUGCGAUCAAGUUCACUUUGUUACGACUUUGUCCUGGAUUUAUGAAAUUAUUAGGAGUCGGUUUUUUAACACCAUCGACUGCUCAAUUCUUCAAUGAUAUCGUACGCGAGACUGUUAAGGCACGAGAUGAACAAGGUAUCAUCAGACCGGACAUGAUUCAUCUGUUGAUACAAGCCAGAGACAAAGAAUCCAGCAAUUUGGAUAUUCAAGAUAUCGUAGCUCAAGCAUUUAUAUUCUUUCUUGCUGGUUUCGAUACCUCGUCAACAUUGAUGUGUUUUAUGGUUUAUGAAUUAUCGUUACAUCAAGAUAUUCAAAAUAGAUUAAGGGAGGAAAUUGAUGAAGCAUUGGUCAGAGCCAAUGGGGAAUUUAAUUAUGAGGAUCUUUCUAAAUUGACGUAUUUGGACAUGGUUAUAAACGAAACUUUAAGAAAAUAUCCACCAGCAGUUUUUAUGGAUAGACUUUGUGCGAAACGUACAGUCAUUCCUCCAUCUGUACCGGGUGGCAAAGAAAUAGUUAUCGAACCAGACACCGCACUUUGGAUUCCAUGUUAUGGUUUUCAUCACGAUCCGAGAUACUUCACGGAUCCGGAUAAAUUCGAUCCGGAAAGAUUUAGCGAAGAAAACAAACACAAUAUCAAUCCUUACACAUUUUUCCCGUUUGGUUUAGGUCCUAGAAAAUGUAUCGGCGAACGUUUCGCAUUAAUGGAAACUAAAGUAGUUAUAAUUAAUAUACUUAAGAAAUUUAUUAUCAAACGUACGAGUAAAACAAUUGAUCCGGUAGUAUUCGAAAACAAAUCGUUCAAUUUAAAGAUCAAAGGUGGAUUUUGGAUUAAUUUGGAAUUAAGACAAGAUUUAAAUAAAAAAUAAACACAAUGAUAUAUCGAUAAUAUUUGUUCUAAUUCGGUUUAUUUGAAAAAAAUUAACUUUAACUAACCCCAUAAUAUUUGAUUAUUCAUCCACGAAACGUUUACUCGUUGUUUGUUUAUGAUUCGAUAAAUAUUAUUUUAAAUUCAAUCGAUUUAUCAUAUAUAUAUAUCUCGCGUCGAAACGAUUCUCCUCUAAUCGAUAAAUAGCUUUAUACGUUAAUCUAAUUUUUUGUUUUUAAAUUGUACGCAAAGCCAUAAGCACUAUCGCAGCUUGAAUAGUAGGCCUAAUGCCCGAUAAUGAGGAUAAUAUUCGCUAAUGAGUAUUCACGAUUUAUUGUAUUGAAUUGCUGCAUUGACGUUUUCGAAUUAUGUAUUACUAACAAGCUACGUGAGAGAUCAAUAAGAGGAAAUAUGUGUGUGUAUAUAUAUACAUAUAUAUAUAAUAUAUACAUACAUACCUAUUUACUUCUAUAUCAUUACACUGAAUCAUGUUCUAUCAUAUUAAUGCGAUGUAUCUUUUAAUUUCUCUACUUAAUCUAAUUCAUAUUUAACCUGAUUUAUAUUAUAAUAUUAUAUAUAUAUUAUUAAGAAUGAAAUAUUUAAUUAUUAUUAAUCGUAAUCAUUUUUCUUUUGUUUUUUUUUUUUUUCAAAUAAAUUACAAUGUACAAUUUCAUAAUGGCAAAUGGAAAAGAGAAAUAAGUAUUGUAUAUUAUUUUUCUUUUCGUGGGAACAAAUUAAAACAAAACAAAAC